UUUAUCAUCAAAUAACCACCAAAAUACGCAAAAUACACAAAGCAGCUUUUAUUGAUACAGUGAAACAUAUCGAAGAAAUGCAUGUAUUUAUGUAUGUGGUAUUAUUAAUGUUCUCGGGGAGCCUGUAAACAGUGCCAGCACAGUUCGGUUUAUUCAUCUUUAGAAGCCAAGUACUGCGUUUUAUUUGCGCAGCACUGUUCACGUGAGGCUCUUAAGGAGGGAGGUCAAAUGAAAACUUGCACCUCUAGAAAGAAACAAUCAAUUGAUUCAUGUUAAAAUCCCCGUGACUGUGAUCGGAUAUAUUUCGUAAGCUCGGGAGAUUAUAUUAAGCAGUAAAAUGGACAGUUUCAGUAAACCCACGUUUGAUCCUAAAGAGCAUCAGCAUUUAAGGUACAAUCCCCUGCGGGACUCCUGGGUUCUGGUCUCGGCUCACCGGAUGAAGCGUCCGUGGAAAGGACAGGUGGAGAAACCCCCAGAGGACAACAUCCCUCGACACGACCCACACAACCCCCUCUGUCCCGGCAGCGUGAGGGCUAAUGGACAGGUGAAUCCUGAGUAUGACAGCACGUUCAUGUUUGACAAUGAUUUCCCUGCUCUCCAGCCUGACGCUCCAGAUCCCGGAUCAGAUCAUCAUCCACUUUUCCAAAGCAAAGCAGCCAGAGGUGUUUGUAAGGUCAUGUGUUUCCACCCCCGGUCUGACAUCACCCUCCCCCUCAUGACGCCCGCAGAGAUCCGCAAAGUGAUUGACAAGUGGGCAGAUCUGAUCGUAGAGCUGGGGGCUGAGUACACGUGGGUGCAGAUCUUCGAGAAUAAAGGAGCCAUGAUGGGCUGCUCAAACCCCCAUCCUCACUGUCAGGUUUGGGCCAGUAAUUUUCUUCCCAACGAAGCGGCGCUGGCGGAGCGCUGUCAGAGAGACUUCCUGCAGAAGCACGGAGAGCCUUUGCUGGUUCAGUAUGCUCGAAUGGAGGCACAAGCACAGGAGCGUGUGGUAGUGGAAAACGAGCACUGGUUGGUGGUGGUGCCCUAUUGGGCGACUUGGCCAUUUCAGACACUGCUGUUGCCAAGACGACAUGUCCUCCGUCUCCCAGACCUCACGGCCCAAGAAAGAGACAGUCUGGCAUCCAUAAUGAAAAGACUUCUGACGAAAUAUGACAACCUCUUUGAGGUCUCCUUCCCCUAUUCAAUGGGAUGGCACGGUAAGAGAAUGCAUCUGAUAUUGCAAUCAUAGAGGAGAA